GAACACGCAAACGUCAAACAAAAAUUGACAAAUGGUGACAGUGACAGUAGGUAAAAAUGGCUAGUGUCGGGUUUAGGUGGUUGGAUAUCUUAGAAAAAGAAUUCGAUAAGGCUUUCGUAGACUUAGACUUGGCAAUAGGUGAACUCGAUUCAGAAGAGCCUGAUGUUGUCUUCAACGUCCGCCAAAAACUGUGCAGCCUUAGCUCAUGUUUUGCACAACUGACACACAAGGCACAGACCAUUUUUCAAAACAGCGCCAAGAUAGAGGCCGAACUAAUCCACAUGAGGGCCGAAUUGGUGGAAUCGAAAGCUAAGAGGGAAGUUUUAGAGCAAGAACUGCACAAUUUGUUGCUCCAGUUGCACUCGUCGCAGCUUUCGCAACUGCCCGACAGUCUCGGUAAUCGCAAACAAGACCCAAACUUCAAACCCGACGUAAAUAACAUCAAGAAAAAACUAGAAGCCGAGCUCCGACAGAGUCCCAUACGUAACAUUAGGCUAAACAAAGAAUCGGACGAACUCAAAUUCAGCCCUUCGCUGAUGGAAACGGCACAAUGUCGGGCAGAGAACGAACAACUCCAGGUGGAAAACGCGGCGUUAAGAAAAUCCAUCCUGGCAUUGAACAGCGAGGUUUACGGCGCAAAGCUCGCCGCGAAAUAUUUAGACAAGGAAUUAGCGGGGAGAAUACAGCAAUUACAACUCUUAGGGAGAGAAAUGCGAGGAGAUGUUCGUGAUAAAUUGUGGCGUCAACUGGAAUCUGAAAUUCUACUUCAGAGACACAAAACGGUAGUGCGAGCGUGUAGGAGAAAUAGCAUUUUGAAUAAUUCCGAAAAGACCUGCCCCAAGCCCGACAUCGAUCCGAUCAACGAACGCACGGAGCAUUUCGGGGAUAUAAGGACCGUAGUGGUGAAGCGGAGCCCCAGCCAGGGACUGGGAAUUAGUAUAACGGGCGGGAGAGAGCACGGGGUGCCGAUUUUGAUCUCGGAGCUGGAGCCCAACGGGCCCGCGGCCUUAUCAGAGCAGCUCUACAUAGGAGACGCGAUCUUAUCAGUGAACGACCGCGACUUGCGACAAGCCUGCCACCGAGAGGCUGUAGAUAUCCUCCAGCAACAAUCGGGCGACUGCACGUUACAAGUGCAAUAUAUCGCCGCGGAUGACAGCGACACUUCGCUCGAAGAGGACGGUUACAAUUUCCGGUUUUUCGACGGAGAAGUGUGCGACCCGAACAAUCACUCUAGUUUAAACCCUUCAAACUCUCUAGACAUGUUAAAUACCCCCACAGCACCUAGAACUCCCGAAUCAAGUUCGGCGGCAAGCCGGAUAGUUUCAAGAGAUAGCAUCCCCAACAGCCCCACAAUCCCCAAAGUGCAAAAACUGAUAGUUUUGGAAGAAACCGAAGACUUCGACGCCAACAUCUUCAACUACAACCUCAACACCAACGGCAACCUGGAGACCUACAAACCCACCACAACCAAAGACAUCAAAAUCGCCGACGACCUGAACUGCAACACCACUCCAAGCACCGACACGGUCGAAACCACGGACUUGGUCCUCAUCGACAACGCCACGAACAACGUCAUCAAGCUCGAAGACUUCAAAAAAGUCGACAUAAUCGACGACGAGAACUUUAACUGUUCAACGAACUCCCUCAACUCGGAGAACUUCUCCUCGCCGAUGCAGACAAGCGCGGAUGUUUUUCUCGAUUCGGAGUUGUUAUCGACUGACGUAGCUUCAAACGACUCGCAAUCGCCCAAAAACAUCCAAGCGGAGCUGAGUGCCACAAAGCCCACUUUCACGUACCAGGAACCGCAGUUCUGUUCCAAACCCCAGAUUUACACCUCGAACGAGUCGCUGUCGAACCCCAAGAGCGACCAAAGCCUCCUCAACUCGGCUGAGAGCUGCGGCAGCUCGCCGGUGCACAAAAGCAGCAAUCGGGACUACAAGAAGGUGCAGAGGAAGCACAAGAAGAAGUACUUUGGGGUGAAGACGCUACAGAGCAUUUUUAAUAAACACGACGGCUAUUCGGACAUUUCGAGCACGGCGUCGGAGCUCGGGGACGAAAUAAUUGAACCAAAAGACAAUAAAACCGAAAUGAAGGAGAAGGAACCGAGCUACAAGUGUGGCAAGGUUUACACUGAGACUAGCCCGCAGUUCGAGGAGAACAUUCACAACAUUUUGACGGACAUUUUCGUGAAAAACUUUAGUACCGAAAGCAACGUCGCGAGCAUUUCUCUGAGUAAACCGAUCGGGACGAAGAAAUAUUUCAGCUUGCACGGCCAGAAUUUGCGCGUGGGCAAAGCGCUGAGGCUUUGCCCCAACGAGGAUUAUUCCGAACAAGUGGAGAACGAGCAGAGGAAGGAGAAACUUUUAGCGAGAUAUGUCUACAAUGCGAAUUCAAUAAACGCGGACGGUGUAGGGGACCCUGACUUUGGAACGCCUGUUUAGACUAGUUUAGAAGAGGUAGAUGGUACGAUUUCUAAAUAUUCAUAUUCUAAUACGAGACUUCUUCACCUAGUUGUAACAAUUCACCAGGAUUUUUUUGACGAAUCAAAAUUUUUUUCGGGACUUGUUGAGUACAAAAUACGCAUCACGCUGACCGUUUUUAGUAUGUGUACGAAUUUUAGAACGCGGGCUUUUUCGAAUUGUUGAUGAUGAAAUGCCUUCAGUGUAAUACAAACCGAACAUUUGCUUUUGUGUCUGCUUCAUUUUCCGAAUAGUAGAUAGUCAUCUAAGCUAAGCACUCUUGAAAUUGCAGGUUGAUUAAACGAGUAAGUUGCUUUUGUUACUUGUGUACAUUGCUCAAAAUGGUAUUAAUGACCCCUUGAAGUUUUUUUAUUCUCGUUUGUGUUGUUGAUGUUUUGUGAAUACACAUUUUUUGUAUAAUUGAUCAGCACUUUGGUUGGGAUAAUAACAACGGGGAAAAUUCGAAUCGAGUUGCUUAUUUAUUUUAUUAUGGAUAAGUCUACUUUCUACAUAAGUAAGUCGUGUAAGAGUUAAUUAUGUAGGUAGUACAAGAAAUUUAUAUUGUAAGUUUAGCUAUUGUACGACGUUUUAAUUAUGACUGUAAAACUGUUAUCGUUAUUAAACAUAUCUGUCAUAAAUAAAAAGUUUAUGCUGCAGUA